UGAGCGUCAUUCAAUGCCGACCAUGUCUUGGCAGGCGGACGCGGGGCGCGAGGCUGAUGCGACCGGCGGGUGGCAGGUUGUCAUGUCGCGUAAUGGCCCGCGCCGCCCGGCUUUCGCAGCCCCAGCAUUCAAGCCGCCGCCCAUCCCACGCAGGUUGUUCGGGCGGUGCUGUCAGUUCCUCUUCCGCGGACAAAGAGCCUCGGUGUGCCGUGACCCACUCCGCUGCUCACGCUGCCUUUAGAACGGGCACAAAGCGCGCAGAUGCCGCAAUCAGCGGAGGUCCCUGAGCUCUCUCGACUCGCUUGCCAUGCCACCACCCCCUCUGCCUCGCCCUGCUGCCGCCCCUGAAGUGGUGCCGCCAUGCAUUGGUCAGGGCUGGGAGGCUCCUUAUCCGCGCCCACUGCUUCAGGUGGCCUCUCCACCCGCAGCGAUGGCCCGCCCUGGUGAUGUUGCUCUCAGGCCGGCGGAAGAUUUUGCUGUGGUGCCGGCUACUCCCGAGAUGCAAGCGGAGUCGGCCCUCCUCUCCUCCAACGCUGCUGUCGGCUGGCUCGAGGGCGUCUCGUGCCGAAAGGUUGCUGAUGAGAUCGUUGCUGCCUUGGGCGUGCGUCCGACCGACGUCAAGGUGGUGAAGCACUACCCCGAGCAGUUCUUCAUCCGGUUUAUGAUAACACAGGUAGAAGUCCCUCAUUGAUUCGGUUUUCCUACCAGAGAUGACCCCUAAAAAUGUAUGAAGACAUUGAAGUCAAAG